AUGGAGAAAAGACUUGAGCACUUUGCAUUUGUUCUUAUAGCCGGAUGGUUUCAUUGCUUUUCUCACCUCAAAGUGGAUGCAUUCACACCUUCUAGAUGGGUUAAAGCUCAUGCCACUUUCUAUGGAGGGAGUGAUGCUUCGGGGACAAUGGGAGGAGCUUGUGGAUACCAAGACCUAUAUUUGGCUGGUUACGGUACAAGAACCGCCGCUGUGAGUACCGCUAUUUACAAUAGCGGUUCUUCGUGCGGGCAAUGUUUCAAGAUCAUGUGCGAUGUACAAACAGAUUCUAAGUGGUGUGUAAAGGGGAAGUCAAUAACUAUAACCGCAACCAACUUUUGCCCGCCAAAUUUUGACCUAACAAAAGAUAAUGGUGGUUGGUGCAAUCCACCCCUUCAACAUUUUGACAUGGCUCAACCUGCUUGGGAGAAGAUUGGAAUUUAUAAAGCAGGGAUUAUACCUGUCAUCUACCAAAGGGUGGCAUGCAAGAGACAUGGUGGUGUAAGAUUCAGCAUAAAUGGGAGGGACUAUUUUGAGCUAGUGCUGAUAACAAAUGUGGGGGGAGCAGGAUCGAUCCAAUCUGUGUCAAUCAAAGGUUCAAGGACAGAUUGGGCAGCCAUGUCAAGAAAUUGGGGGUCAAAUUGGCAAUCAAAUUCCUAUAUCAAUGGCCAAUCUAUUUCCUUUAAGGUCACAACUACAGAUGGGAUAACAAAAGUGUUUCAAAACAUAGUCCCAUCUAAUUGGAGAUUUGGUCAGACCUUUUCUAGCCCUCUACAAUUUUAACCUCAUCUUAGUUUUAUUGUUCUUGUUUUUAGGGUUUAUUAUUUAGGGGCAGUGGUUUGCUUGUUAAAUUUAAUCAAAGCAGCCUACCCAUUUUAAAAGUAUACUAGUUUCAAAUAUUGUUAGUAAUUCAUGCUUAAUCUUAAUGGUUUUUUUUUUUUUUU